CGGGAGCACCGGGUGUCUCAGGUAACUCUGACAUUGGAGGAGAAUGGCCGGGCUCUGCUGUGCGAGGGUCUCCGGGGCCCUACAGCUGGGGUUGGGGGGCUUCAGGCUGUAUGGUCAUGGGGCCCGCUGUUACAGUACCUAUGAUGUUGUCAUUGUCGGAGGAGGACUUGUAGGACUUGCGUCUGCUCGGCAGCUCAUCCUGAGUCAUCCGAACCUUCGGUUUGCCAUUCUGGAAAAAGAGAAUGAGAUAGCUUCCCAUCAAAGUGGUCAUAACAGCGGUGUGAUUCACAGUGGAAUAUAUUACACUCCAGGAUCGCUGAAGGCCCGGCUGUGUGUGCGAGGGGCGUCCUUGCUCUAUGAAUACUGUGACCUAAAAAGAAUUCCCUACAAGCAGUGUGGAAAGCUUAUAGUAGCUGUCCAACACCAGGAGAUACCGAGACUACAAGCCUUGUAUGAGAGAGGGUUGCAGAACAAUGUGCCAGGACUUCGGAUCAUCGAGGCAAGAGAAAUUAGGGAAAAAGAGCCCUACUGCAAGGGUAUAUUGGCACUGGACUCUCCAUACACAGGAAUUGUGAAUUACAGACAGGUAGCUCAGUCCUACAGCGAUGAUUUCUGUGAUGCUGGCGGUAGCGUCCUAACAGGAUUUGAAGUGUCCGAUAUAAAGAUGGUAAAUGAGAGCCCAGCAGGAUCAGAACAAGGCUUGGAAUAUCCAGUUAUUAUCAGGAACACAAAGGGAGAAGAAGUUCAUUGUAAGUAUGUGCUGACCUGUGCUGGUCUCUUCUCAGACCGCGUGUCCCAGAUCAGCGGAUGCAGCUCAGAACCUCGCAUCGUUCCUUUCCGAGGAGAUUACCUGGUGCUGAAGCCAGAAAAGUGUUAUCUAGUUAAAGGGAACAUCUACCCAGUUCCAGAUCCACGCUUUCCUUUUCUGGGGGUUCACUUUACACCUCGCAUGGAUGGGAAUGUUUGGCUUGGGCCAAACGCUGUGUUAGCCUUUAAAAGAGAAGGGUACAGACUGUGUGAUUUCAACACCAGAGAUUUUGGAGAAGCCGUCACAUACAGUGGCCUUCGAAAAUUGGUGCUUAAGAACUUGGUGUAUGGUGUUGGCGAGAUGUAUCGAGCGCUGUUUCUACGAGCACAGCUGAAGGAGUUGCAGAAGUUCAUCCCGGAGCUGUCAAUCAAUGACAUUCUAAGGGGUCCCUCCGGAGUACGAGCUCAGGCCCUGGAUCGCGACGGUAACCUGGUAGAUGAUUUUGUUUUCGAUGGAGGUUCUGGAGAAAUUGCAAAUCGCAUUUUGCACGUGAGGAACGCCCCAUCCCCUGCUGCUACCUCAUCUCUGGCGAUAGCGGAGAUGAUCGCUGCUGAAGUGGAAGAACGAUUCAACCUGUGAAGGAGUCUUAUUACAGCCGCGUCAUUGACUGUUGUUCAAGUCUGCUGUCACUGAAUGAACUGGAACUUUUUGGGGUUUUUACAGAUCCACAGAAUUUUUUUUUUUUUUUCCCAAAAGGAACUUUGAUGUACAGCCAGUAUGAAUACUUUGAUUCUGUCUCAGCAGAGUAUAUACAGUACACAAAAUACUCUUGAUGCUCUGUGGAAAAGGACGUCUGGCUCAGAGUAGUUAGUGUGACUACAUCCUUUACACUUUUAUAGGGCUUAAAGGGGUACGCCGCUGCUCAGCAUUUGGAACAAAUUGUUCCAAACGCUGGAGCCGACGCCGGGUCAUAGCCCCCCGCCCCCAACACUCACUCCCCGCCCCUUCAAUGCAAGUCUAUGGCAAGUCCACACCCCCUCCCAUAGACUUUCAUUGAGGGGGCGGGGCUAUGACGUCACAAGCUGCCGGCUCCAGAGUUCAGAACAGUUUGUUCUAAACGCUUAGCAGCGAAGUACACCUUUGAUGACCUACCAAAGGGGUACUUUGCUGCUAAGCGUUUGGAACAAACUUGUUCAUUACAGCAUUCAUGGAACUUUUACCAUUACAGUGUUCCCCAACUGGUGCCAAACUACAAUCCCUACCAUGCCCUGACCCCGGCAUUCAGGGGCUCUUGUAAUUUUGUAACCUCUGGAGAGCCACGGAUUGGACAUCAGUGCAAUAUUGAGUUCAACUCAUGGAGCAGAAGUCAAGAAGCUCGUGACUGUCCUGUAUUGAGCAUUGAAAGCUGAGAUUACAAGUAGUCUUUGGCCUUACACUGCCACUCUAAAUUAGGGGGGGGGCAAUGGAUGAACAGUUAUUCAUGCUAAUAGCUUUGCUUCUCCAUUCACCCACAAUGACACUUGGCUGGCCUAAGUGUACUAGUUAUUUUAAUAUGGGAAGAACAGAUAGGAAAUUGCAUACACCUCAGGUGCCAUUCAUCUUUUGGGGGGGGGGGGGGGGGAAGCAAGUUUGAUGAUCCUUGUUGGACAGUAAUCUUAAAUGUAGCAAGACAAGCUCACCCUGGGUGGUUGUGUAGCUUCAUACACAACAAUGAUGAUAGCAUAAAGAUGGUAGGUCGUCUGCUGCCCUCCAGUCACUGGUAAAUGCAAUGGACAGGGAUGGCUUCGAGGAAAGAUCCGACUCAAACUGCGCUGACCGAGCACAA